AUGCAUCCAACACUCCUCCUCUCCCUCCUCCUUCCAGCCCUCACCACUGCCGACCAGGCGCAACAACCCUUGGGCGAAAAGGCAAAAGGCUGGUUCUCUGCUGCGAAACAGUAUCUACCAACAGCCAUCCCCACCGUGCCUGGUCUCACUGCCAUCCCCAAUAUGCCCAAACCAACCUUGAAGUCACCCAUCAGCGAAUCCGCUGCGAAAAUUGCCGCCUUAAAAGUCCACUCACUCUCUAUGUCAAACUACCGCCCUCUCCUUACCCCGAGUGCGGACAAGAAAGGCCCUACAGACUGGAUGACUUGUGGCGGCCACUGCCACAAUCUCGAAGUCAACUGGAACGAGACCGCUAGUAUUCUGGCAGCCGACGCGCUCGCCCCAAAACUAGGCAUCAUCAACUGUGACAAUGAACGCGUACUAUGUGCCGUCUGGAGCGCGAAGCCGCCGACUAUAUGGCAUAUCAGACGCCCGGCGCCUGCUGUAGGUGGGGAGACCGACGUGUAUAUUAACUAUCUGAACUUCACCACUACCACCACGAGUGACAUGGUGGCCCUGCAUACAAGCAACAAGUACGAGGGGGGCAUUCUGUAUGAGGGCAUGUUUCAUAUCUUUGAUGGAUGGCUGGCCCAAAAUGGGUUGUUGGAUUAUUUGGGAUACGUGCUAUACGCGUUCACGGCCGUACCCAGCUGGGCACUAAUGUUGACGUCGGACUUUAAUGUGAGUGUUCUGAAAUUCAUGGGCUUGAACGGGUUUGAUGAUUAUUACAGCCAAAGGAGAGCUGGUGCUCAAGGUAGAGAGGCUGCCAGGAGACCACAGGGGCCACAGGGUGCGGCUCCACCGGCCAAUGGGAGGUAA